CUCCCCCUCCGCCUCUGACUCGGCUCUUGAGGCCUACCUGUCUCCGUUUCCCUCUUCAGGGCGAAGCCGUGAGGAAAAUGUCGCCAUGAAGGUGGCCGAGACGACUGCGCUGCGCCGACCCCGCCGCCGGGCCAUGAGCCUGGGCCUCGGCCCCAGCCGCCGCCUCCUCCUUCGCAGUAUCCGCAAGAGCGCCUCCGCGGCGCCCGUGAAUGCUCCAGAGCGCGCCCGUCGCAGCAACAGCAGCUCCGGCCCGCGACGUGAUGGACAAGAGCAAUCCCUGCGGCUCCGGCCUCGGCGCCGGCUCCUCUUCCUCGGCGUCGGCAGGCAAAGGGCAGCAGCCCCGCUCUAACUCGGCCGGCCCGGCCGGGGGAGAGUCCAAGCCCAAAGGCGAUGGAAAAAAUGCAAGUGGAUCCAAACAGCGUUAUAAUCGUAAACGAGAAACUUCGUAUCCCAAAAAUGAUAACUUCGCCAGCCAAUCCCGUCGCUCCUCUUCACAGAAAAGCAAAGCUUUUAAUAAGAUGCCCCCUCAGAGGGGUGGGCAUGGCAGUGGCAGCAAACCUUUUAGCUCUUCUUCUAAUGGUGGAAGACGAGAUGAGGUAGCAGAGGCCCAGCGGGCAGAGUUCAGCCCUGCCCAGUUCUCUGGACCCAAGAAAAUUAGCCUGAACCACUUGCUGAACUUCACCUUUGAACCUCGCGGCCAAGCAAGCUACGUUGGGAAUGGCCGUGGCAGUUGGGGCAAGAGGAACAGAUGGGAGAACAAGCCUUUCAGCAAGGAGCUUUUCCUACAGGCCAACUGCCAGUUUGUGGUGUGUGAUGACCAGGACUACACAGUUCAUUUCACUGACCCAGACACCUUGGUCAACUGGGACUUUGUGGAACAAGUGCGGAUUUGCAGCCAUGAAGUCCCCUCUUGCCCAAUAUGCUUAUACCCGCCUACUGCUGCCAAGAUCACUCGCUGUGGGCACAUCUUCUGCUGGGCAUGCAUCCUGCAUUAUCUCUCUUUGAGUGAGAAGACUUGGAGUAAGUGCCCCAUCUGUUAUGGCUCGAUUCACAAGAAAGACCUGAAAAGCGUUGUUGCUUUGGAAACCCGUCAGUAUGCAAUUGGCGACACAAUUACCAUGCAACUGAUGCGACGGGGGAAAGGUGUCUUGAUACCGCAGCCCAAGUCAAAGCUGGUGAAUGUGGAACAGCCUAUUCAUCUAGGAGAUGAGCAACAUGGACAGUACUCCAAGCUGCUUCUGGCCUCCAAGGCUCAGGUGCUGCAGGAGGUUAUCCUGGAAGAGAAGGUGGCACUCUUGCGCCAGUAUGAGGAGGACAAGCACACACCUGAAGCAUGUUUCAUUGAGGCUGCCAUUCAGGAGCUGAAGGAUCGAGAGGGAAACUUGAUGUCCGACAAAAGCAGAGAGAGUGAUGUUGCAGGAACCACGGCAGCUGUGGAGGCUCUCAUUGUGACGGAGUCAUCUGACAAAGAAGCAGUAGCAGUAGUAGUAGCGACCCAGGAGAGGAAGCCUAUUCUGGAGUAUCUCUCUGCUUUUGAAGAAGAAAUCCUGGAGCCACCUCCUGUAGAUUCUGCGGCUGCUGUCCUGCCCCCUUUUGAGGUGGAAGAGGCAGUGGGAGUGGAUGAUGCCGAGGAAUCUGGCAGGGACCUACUGGGCACAAGUGAGAUGGAAGGAGCCAGUCUGCCUGAACCUGCCUGCGAGAAACCUGAAACAGCAUUCAGCAGUGGGCACCCAAGCACCACCCCUUUCUACUACUUCUAUCAAGCUGAGGACGGGCAGUGCCUGUACCUUCACCCAGUGAAUGUCCGCUGUCUUGUGCACGAGUACGGCAGCCUGGAGAAGAGCCCAGAGAAAAUAACAGCCACUGUGGUGGAGAUAUCUGGCCACUCCAUGACAGAGGACGUGCGGCAGCGUCAUCGUUACCUGUGUCAUUUGCCACUCACCUGUGAGUUCAGUAUCUGUGAACUAGCUUUGAAGCCUCCUAUCAUUUCGAAGGAAACACUGCAGAUGUUCUCAGAUGACAUUGAGAAAAGGAAGCGUCUGAGACAGAAGAAAGCUCGUGAUGAGCGACGUCGGGAGCGCAGGAUUGAGAUGGAGGAGAACAAGAAGCAAGGCAGAUAUCCAGAAGUUCAUAUUGCUUUAGAGAACUUGCAGCAGUUCCCUGCCUUCAGCGCAUGCUCAGGAGAGUAUGCAGGCACUGAGAACCAGAGUGAUGCUCUGCUCUCUCCUGUUGGUUCAAGUCCCAUUUCUCAAUCAGAGUCCAUGUAUACUCCACUGUCUCCCGCAGGCAGUCUUGGCAGCCCUUCACUCUUUGUUGGAAAUCUGGAGGAGGAAUCUACCCUCCCCUCCUUUGCCCAGAUGCUGAGGGCUGGAAAAGCUAAACCAGAAACAUGGAAUAGUUUUCAGCCAAAGAAGAAAGAGGAAAACUCCACCCUGGCUCCGCCCGCUCCAGGAGACAGUGAUGGGGAGAGCGAUAACUCGGACCGUGUACCUGUGCCUAGUUUCCAGAACUCCUUCAGCCAAGCUAUCGAGGCAGCCUUCCUGAAACUGGACAAGCCGUCCACUUCUGACCAUCUCUUGGAGGAAAAAAGAGGCAAGAAAAAGAAGCAGAAGCAAAAGUUGCUGUUCAGCACUUCAGUGGUUCAUACCAAGUGAUCAUACUAACGGACAGAUUUCUUCACCUGGUUCUCUUUUGUUUGCUUUUGUGUUUUUGCUGCUAUAGAAAAAAAAGUAUUUAAGUUUGAGCAGAAUAAGUCUGUUUCUAGGACUUGGGAAGGUGCAUAGGAAUUAAAAAGGAGUACUUGUCCAGUUAAUACCAAAACAAAGUAUUGCAUCGCAGAAGCCAAAGUGCCAGGGCUGUGCCAAGUAUAACUCCUUUGACCUGGGAAUAAUACUGUGGUCAGGACGGCACACUUGCUUGUCACUUGAAGCAGGCAGGGAGCUCCUGAUGCUUCCGGCCUGUGUGAAAAGGAGUCUACUGACUGCAGUGGGCUGGGUGAUAACAUCUGCUCCUGGCAAAUUGGUAACUAAAGGAACCUGGCUAUAGAGCAUACACUGAUUGUUGUGUCGUUUUGAUUAGCGCUGCUUAUAAAGAAUUGGGGGGGAGGUAGUGGAGGAGGAAAUAAUUCAACUUAUACCUGCUAUUUUUAAUCUUUUCCCCAAAGGGCAAAAGCUGGGGAAAGGUACUUUGGGAAGGCUUUCCUGAGUAAUCUGAUGGGUUCUGGAGGCCAAUUGUAUUCAGCUAGGCAAGAGAGAGUAAUGCCCUUUCUGCUGCUCUUGGGUGUUAAUGGUGCUAAGGUUACUUGGAGAGAAAUUAGAAUGCCCCCCCCCCUGCGCAGAACAGGUAGAUUGUAUGCACAUGCAGGUCAAACCCCUAAGGGAAGUCAUGGUCUUCCGUUUGCUUGGUUCUGGGAUUCAGUUUGGGUUUGUAUAAUGUACAUUUUAGCCUUCCAUUCUUUUUCUCUCCUCACUCUUCCAGCCCCUACUUUGUUUUGAGAAGUGGUCUCAUUCUGCACUGCUUGUGGCUUGAUCUGAAACUAAUUACUACUAAGAAUAAAAGUGUCAGUUCCGUUGAAUACAAUGAACUUCAGUGUACCAUACCAGCAAGGGUGAAAUUAGUUGCAAUAAACCAUAUGCACAAGGUGUUUCCCUGA